CAGCUUAGGUGGCAGAGCCUCCCAGAUGGCUGAGACGGAUCUGAUGGCUCCAGGGCCACUACUCGGGGCCACUGCUCACCCGCUGGCCUCUCUCAGCCCAGACUCUGGGCCAGUCAGCCCAGCAGAAGAGGAGGACGUGGGCUCCCCGGAGAGGCCUGGCAGAGAGGCUGAGAGACAGGACAGUGGCUCUGUGGAGCAGGGGGCUCCUGGAGGCCAGGAUGAGGAGGACAUCCUGUGUGAUUUCUGUCUCGGAACCAGCAGGGUGAGGGCGGUGAAGUCCUGUCUGACCUGCCUGGUGAAUUACUGUGAGGAGCACUUGCGGCCACACCAGGAGUACAGCAAACUGCACAGCCACCAGCUGACUGAGCCAGCGCGGGACCACGACCUGCGUGCCUGCCCCACCCACCGGAGACCGCUAGCCACCUUCUGCUGCCAGGAUCAGCAGAGCAUCUGCCAGCAGUGUGGCCAGAAGGAGCACAGGGGCCACGCCAUGGUCUCCCUAGAGGCAGCACGCAGGGACAAAGAGGUUGAACUUCGGUGCACCCAGUUAGACCUAGAGCGGAAACUCAAGCUGAAUGAAAAUGCCAUUGCCAGGCUUCAAGCUAACCAUAAAUCCGUCCUGGUGUCGGUGUCAGAGGUAAAAGUGGUGGCUGAAGAGCAGUUUGGGGAACUCCUUGCGGCUGUGAGGAAGGCCCAGGCUGACGUGAUGCUCUUUUUGGAGGAGAAGGAACAGGCGGCCCUGAGCCAGGCCAACGGCAUCAAGACCCACCUGGAGUACAGGAGUGCAGAGAUGCAGAAGAGCAGGCAGGAGCUGGAGAGGGUGGCCGCCAUUGGCAACACCGUCCUGUUCCUGAAGGAGUACUGCAAGUUUAAGAGCACUGAAGACAGCAAUGCCUUCCCUAGUGUUUACAUAGGCCUGAAGGAUAAACUCUCUGGCAUUCGCAAGGUCAUCAUGGACUCCACUGUACACUUAAUCCAGCUGCUGGAGAACUACAAGGGAAGGCUCCAGGAAUUCGCUGAGGAAGAGGAGUAUGACAUCAGAACUCAAGUAUCUGCUGUUCAACGCAAGUAUUGGACUUCAAAACCUGAACCCAGAACCAGGGAACAGUUCCUCCAGUAUGCGCAUGACAUCACGUUUGACCCUGACACGGCGCACAGGUAUCUCCGGCUGCAGGAGGACAACCGCAAGGUCACCAACACCACACCCUGGGAGCAUCCCUACCAGGACCUCCCUAGUAGGUUCGUGCACUGGAGGCAGGUGCUGUCCCAGCAGAGUCUGUUCCUGCACAGGUACUAUUUUGAAGUGGAGAUCUCGGGGGCUGGCACCUACGUGGGCCUGACCUGCAAAGGCAUCGACAGGAAAGGGGAGGAGCGUAACAGCUGCAUUUCUGGAAACAACUUCUCCUGGAGCCUCCAGUGGAACGGGAAGGAGUUCACGGCCUGGCACAGUGACACAGAGACCCCGCUUAAAGCCAGCCCCUUCCGCAGGCUCGGCAUGUACGUGGACUUCCCCGGAGGGACCCUUUCCUUCUAUGGUGUAGAGUACGAUGCUAUGACUCUGGUUCACAGGUUUGACUGCAAGUUUUCAGAGCCAGUCUAUGUGGCCUUCUGGCUUUCCAAGAAGGAAAACACCAUCCGGAUUAUGGAUCUAGGAGAGGAGCUCGAGCAGCCAGCACUGUCCUCAGUAGAGGCAGCCGCCUAGACUCCAGGGUCCGUGUCCCAGACCCUUGCUAGCCACAACGAUGGGGAAAAGCUUGCAUUUUAAAGGUGACUUGCAGGCAGAAACAUCUGCCAGCGGUAGAUGGCUUUAGAAAUCACAUUGGAUCUGUGAAGAGAAGGUUUUCUGGCUGCUCUUUCUUCUUUUCUUUUUUUGCUUCAUGCAGCGCUGUUCUCUACAUGUUUGUACUAAAUCUUAGUGAUAUUCUCCUGUCUGCUCAGGUGAACAUCACACUGUGCCCAGAAAUAAUAAAAAGAUUACAGAGUCAUCACAACAAAUCGCUAAUUGUGUGUCACCCAUGUGCCAGAUGCUGUGCUGAGAGCUUCUCCUGCUCUAACUCACUCGGUCCACACAACAGACCCCCAGAAUAGAUGUUUCCAUCAUCCCCCCCUUUGCAGAUGGAGAAACCGUGGUGCAGGGUGGUUCAGGGCAAUCCAGGGUUGUUAGCAAACUUACUCAAGGUCACUUCUGUCACAUGGUGAGGGAGCAACAGAGCUGGGAUUCAAAUUAGGGCAGACUAGUAAACUUUUAAACUAGUACACUAAACUUUUACGUUUAGUGCCAUCUUGCCUUUCUCAGGAGGUGAUGAACUUUUUGCAUUAGGGAAUAAACUACAAGAUGAACUAGGCAGUGGAGAAAGAACAUGUUAAUCCACCUCUUAGAGUUUGCAAAUCUCUGCACGCACUGUGUCUGGCUCAGUGCUGGCUGAGAGCUCACUGCCUCAUGUGGCUAUUCAUUCUGUUUGGGACAGCGAGGAUUAGAAAUGUCAACACAAUUUGAAACUUAGUUCCUGUGAUCUCUGGAGAAGGGUCUCUCUGAAGUCACCUGGAUUGUGUGGACUUGUCUGAUUUCUCAUUCAAAGAACAGUUCUUCGAGUGUCUCAGGACGGCUCGCACAUAGCCGCAGGGAGCUAUUCCUGUUUUCUUUUUUUUAUUUUUAUUUUAAUUUAUUUUUCUUGAAAUAAUUUUUUUAUUGUUAAAUCAUAGCUGUGUUCAUUAGUGCAAUCAAGGGGUACAAUGUGCUGAUUUCAUAUACAAUCUGAAAUAUUCUCAUCAAACUGUUCAAUGUAGCCUUCAUGGCAUUUUCUUAGUUACUGUAUGUAGGCAUUUGUAUUCUGCAUUUAGUAAGUUUCACCUCUACCCAUUCUAAGAUGCACUGUAGGUGUGGCCCUACCCAUUACCCUCCCUCCACCCUAACCUCCGACCUCCCUUCCCCUUACUUGGCCCUUUCCCCAUAGUCUUGUGUUAUAGUUGGGUUAUAGCCUUCAUGUGAAAGCUAUAAUUUAGCUUCAUGGUAGGGCUGAGUAAAUUGGAUACUUUUUCUUCCAUUCCUGAGAUACUUUGCUAAGAAGAAUAUGUUCCAGCUCCAUCCAUGUAAACAUGAAAGAGAUAAAGUCUCCAUCUUUCUUUAAGGCUGCAUAAUAUUCCAUGGUAUACAUGUACCACAAUUUGCUAGUCCAUUCGUGGGUCGAUGAGCACUUGGGCUUCUUCCAUGACUUAGCGAUUAUGAAUUGGGCAGCAAUAAACAUUCUGGUACAGA